GGAGUGGGAUUGAUUCUGCCCAAACCGGCACAGCGGAACAGCCGACCAACCACCCACACACUGCAACAGCCGGAAACCCAUUGGGGGCUCAAUCUACUCUUCUUCAUCAUCAGUGUCAGUACCAUAGAAACACCAAGGACCAGCCAAGGAUACACUGACCAACUCACUUGCACUAUCAGACCACAGGAACCCGAUCGCCGGAUCCAAAAAUCGUCGUAGUCAUGGCUUCCACCGCCGCCCAAGGGGAUCCAACUACCACUAGCCUUCUCAGUCCGACCGCGGACACACCUCGGGUAAGGUUCGAACCUUCAAACGCCAACGAUGAAGACGAACAGGCUCGUCUUCGCCGUGGCUCGGUCUCCAAAGACCUUCGUAACCAAAUCGCACUCCGCGGAAUCAUCGGUCGAAAUGCUGUCAGUCAAGGUUAUUCCACCGUCCGCUCAUUCAGUCGUUCUCAAUCCGAAGCGUCGAUAUUCAGGCCGGAUCCGAAGCCAGAGCUCGAGCCCCCAGCGGUCGAAGGAGCGUUAGACAACCCCUCGAACACCUUAUGGAAGUCGCGCUACACCCAACUGAGUCGGGUGAAGUCGACCUCGUCGGUGAUCAGCGGCUUGAACGACGAUGUGCUCCGGGCGGGCUGGCGAAGGAACGAGCCCGGGCCGCUCUGGGAACAGUCCCGGGAACUCGACUGCGACCGACAGGCGAUCACCAACAUCCCCGAAGUCGACGAGGGAGACGGGUUCGAUGUCGAAGAGAUGGAACUCGAUGCCGACUCCUCUCCAGCUAUCUCUAGCGACUUCGUCAGCUUGAACCAGAGCGAGGAUACCAACGAAUCUGCCGACCAGUUCGGCGCCUUACCCGCCUCCAAAUUCUCCUUCUCCCAUCCCAAUCCUUCGACCGUUAAACGCCAAUUCGGCAAGAUCAAGUCGAUGCCCGUCGGCGGUACGUUCGGUACUAGACCCGAUCAAGAGAAAUUCCAUCGCGAAUUCGAUAGCACUUUCAUGCGCAUGGAUAUGGAGUUUUGAUCUGAUCUCCCUAUCUUCCCCCCUCCCCCCCCAAAAAAAAUGAAGAAAAACCCCGAAACUUGAUUUAAAUCUACUUGCAUCUCUAUCAACCACACACGUACACUUGUCAGUGCAAAUGAAUUCCCCACCUCCCACCUGCGUUCAUCUUGAGCCCUACUUUUUCGCCCUAUAAUGAUGAUACUUUGGACCUUCAUUUUUGUCCUGUGCGAGUGGGAUUGAGAAGUAGUAUUAGUUGUUUUGAUCUCUCCUAAUGAAGAACCGCUCGCCCACCAUUGUCAUUCCCCCCCCCCUUUCUCUUUCAGAACACUUUCCCAAUGAUCCUGUUUUAUUAUUUCCUGUCUGCUGCCCCAUUGUGUUGCAGUUUUUUUUUUUUCACUCUACUAUUCUGAGAUUUUGUAACAUUAGAUCUUUCCCUUUUUUUCCCCACUUUUUUUUUUUUUUGGUUAGUAGUAGUUGGAUUGAAAACAAACAAAUAAA